AUGUCUGAAAGAAUUUCUAUCAAAAAUUCUGAAGAUAAAAUGUUAAAGUGCAAAAUGAUUGAAGAAUCAGAGACAUCACCAAAGAAGGAAUCAAAGAAUGUAAUGACAUUCUCUGAAGCUAAUUUUGAAAAAGGCAAAAUGGUAGAAGUGGCAGAGUCAAAAGGGAAUAAAGAACCUAAGGUAAUAACAUCAUUCAUUCAGUCUAAAGAUUCUUUUACUCUAAAACUUGGGAGUAAUACUAAGCCAACUUCCAAUCUCUUAGAGAAAGAUGAACAUUCAAGUUUAUCACAAAAUAUUAUUGCUGAACUUUUACCUAAACAGGAAGUGAAAGAAUUUCUUUGUCUUUUUUGUAACAAGAAAUUUUCAAAUGCACAAGCUUUUGGGGGACAUCAAAACGCCCAUAAGCGUGAACGCAAUCUCAAGAAAAUUGAGCAAAAAAGAAAAGAGGAAGAAAUGGAUUCCACCAUAAAUCAUAGACCUAUUCACUAUCAAGGAUAUCAUUAUUUCCCCGACUGCUUGCAACAUUCAAUUGGCACUCAAAUGAACAAUGUCAUGCCUUAUUUGCAUGGUUCUCCGUCUGGUGGUUAUGGAGGGAUGUAUAUGUCAAAUACACCUUCCUCGCCACCUCCAGUUUUUAUGCAAGUUCCAAAGCCACCACUCACACCACCAUACCUAGAAAUGACUAAUUUCUUGGGUAGAAAUCAAACUCUUGCACUGCCAAUUCUUCAAAGGCCAAACACCAUAAAAUUGAAACUUUCUAGUCAAGUUAAUCAAACUUCUCCAUUUGGUGAGAGUGCAGAAAGAAACUCAGAUGCUAAAUUUCUUUCUCAUGAUCUUCCAAUGAAAACUCAUGACUUUAUUAGAGGAAGCCAACUUCUAGCAGAGGCCAAUGUAUCUUCUUCAUCAACAACUGAAUCAAUAUUGGAGGAACUCGACUUGGAUCUCAAACUUUAA